AUGAAGGCCAGCAUUCUUCUCAUGCUUCUUUGGGGGCUAGCCAGUGCUCUCCCGGUAACCAGGUAUCAAAAUACUGAAUCUGAGAGCUCUGAGGAGUGGAAGGGUCAUUUGACUCCAUCACCAGCCCCGACUGUGAACAGUGAGUCAUCAGAAGAAAGUAAAGUUAGCUCAGAGGAACAGGCAAAUGAAGACCCCAGUGACAGCAUGGAGACGGAGGAGGACCUGACCUCUGAUGAUAGCCACUAUGUUUCUAGACCAGCUGAUGGCUUGUCUAGAAGUUCAUGGAAAGGAGAAGAUAAGGAAGAUGAUGAGGAUGAUAGUGGGGAUGACACCUUUGGUGAUGAGGACAAUGGCCUGGGCCCCAAAAAGGAUUCUGCUGCUUCCACACAGUCCAGAGAAGACAGUGCCUCCCAAGAGGACAGCACUCAAUAUCUGUCCAGGAACAGCAGGGAUCUUGACAUUGAGGAUGGGAUGAACAGUGAGAGUGAGGAGCCCUGGGUGGGAGGCAGCAGUGAGGGGGACAGCAGCCAUGGGGACGGCUCGGAGUUCAAUGACAAUGGAAUACAGAGUGAUGACCCAGACAGCACCAGGAGUGAGGGAGGCAGCUCCAGAAUGGACAGUGCCAGGGUCAAGUCCAGGGAGUCACAAGGGGACAGCAGGCAGGAAGGCACUCAGGACUCAGGUGACAGACAAUCAGCGGAGUCUCCCAGCAAGAAGUUUUUCAGAAAGUCCCGUAUUUCUGAGGAAGAUGAUAGAGUUGACCUGGAGGACAGCAACACAAUGGAAGACCUCAGGAGUGACUCUACAGAGAGCAGCAACUCCCAAGAGGACGGCCCAGGCCAGUCCAGGGAAGACAGCAAGAGUGACUCUCAAGAGGACACCAGUGAGAGCCAGUCUCAGGAGGACAGUGAGGACACAGACACCAGCAGUGAGUCCAGCCAGGAGGUGGACACCCAAUCCCAGGAGAGUAGUAGUGAGUCCCAGGAGGAUGUGGUGGGUGAGUCCAGGGGUGACAAUCCAGAUGCCACCAGCCAGGAAGACAGUGAUUCCAGUGAGGAGGAUGGCUUGAACAGCCUUUCCAGCUCAGAGAGUGAAUCCAGAGAGCAGCAAGCUGACAGCGAGUCCAACGAGAGCCUCAGGUUCUCAGAGGAAAGUCGGGAGUCCCCUGAGGAUGACAACAGCUCCAGCCAGGAGGGCCUACAGUCCCAGAGCACAUCCACGGAAAGCCAGAGCCAAGAAAGCCGGUCUGGGGAGGACACUGACAGCAAUUCUCAGGACAGCAGCAGGUCAAAAGAAGACAGCAACUCCACUGAGAGCACUUCCAGCAGCGAGGAGGAUGGCCAGCCCAAAAACAUGGAGGCCGAAAGCAGAAAACUGACCAUGGACAUGUACCACAACAAGCCCAUUGGGGACCAAGAUGACAAUGACUGCCAGGAUGGUUACUAGCAUUUGUUUUCCUAAGAAGUGGCUCUCACAGAAAGGGAUCCUGGGCUUUGUGUAUAAGGAAAUUAUCAUAACUAUAAUUUAUUGAUCAAAAGGUUCAGUUAUUACUUUCUGAAGGGAAUCAUUGGAUGUCGCAGUGGCUCCAGAUGUGGCACCAUUCCAUAGAAGUUUGCAUGACCUGGAGUGACACCAGGACACACUCAAUGAGGUUGGAAGCAAGGAGAGAUGUGCUUCACAGCUCUGCAGCUGAAAUGGCUCUGAGUUCAUUAGCCCGCCAGAUGGUUAUUAGGGUUCUAUGGUGCAGCAGGCACUGUACAGGGGGCUAGGAAGAGAGCAAAGCUUCAGACUCACUGCUUGCUCCUGAGGAGCUUUUAGAGAGAUACGGAGUUAAACAGGGGUGGAUAGGAGGGCAGCAGGAACUGUUACAAUCCAUAUGGCGAAGGCCCCUGGGAAGACAUGGACACAGCAUGUGGAUCAUGGAAAGGAGAACCCGACUUCACCUGGAGAGCUAGUGAGACACAGUGGAGAGAGCCCUGGAGUUGGAGGGUGGUGUAGGAUUUCUCCUUUGAAGGCAAGACAAUUCUAUUUUCUCUGGGGAUAAAUAAUAGAAAAUAUUAAUGAUGAAACAUUUAGUUUAUAAAAGCACUUUCAAAUUGCUCAGUGAAGUGUUUUGGAUAAACAAGAUAUUUUUUUUUCCAACUAAUUUAUCUUAGUGUUUUUGUGGGACUCCCCGGACGACAACCUCACUGGAGGUGGCAGGAGGACUGGGGAGGAGAGAGAAGGGAAGGAAGGCCCCUUUACAUCCAGAAAUGCUAGCAUCGUUUUCUCUAGAAGCAGUUUAUGUUGCAAUGAGAGGAAAAAAUGUUCUCUGGAUUCUCUUCAUAUGUUGCAAAAUUCUGUAUAUAAAAUUCAACUGAUUUUUGUUAAAUGCCAUUUGAAAUAUUACCUCAACAUAAAAUAUUUGUUU